GCGAAGCUCGGGCCAUGGCGGCGGCGGGGCCGCGGCUCCCCCGCGGGAGGCAGCACCAGCAGCAGCUCGCCCCACCACAUCAUUUGGAAGAAAAUGACAUUCUAGAUGGCUAUUUUCUUCCGAAUGAAAUAGAUCUUCAUCAGGUAAUUAUAUUGCCAAAAGCAGAAUGGGAAAGGCUUCGGGACAGCCUUGGCAGCACAACCAGAGAAGCCGCAUGCAUCCUCGCCGAGAAGAAAGAACGGGAAGAAAUGCACUUACGCUCCAAAGCUGCCGUAAAAGACUGGCCCAAUACCAGUAUGGGCAUGGCACAACGGAAACUAAAAGCCAGAAAAUUACGUGAAGAAAGGGAAGAGGAAGAAAGAAAGUUAAUUGAUUUGGAAGAAGCAAAGUUCCAAGCAGCGAAACGGAAGGAGGCUAUUGAUCGUGCAAAAACCUACCUAAGCUAUCAGAACGAAAGAAUUAAAGGGUUUCAUAGUGCACUUCUACUUACCAAGGUCCUAAAAGAAAGAGAUGCUCAAGUUGAAUUUAAAAAGUUAAAGUCAGAUGCUAACAAAAAGAAGGAUGAAGAAAAGGAACAUCAAUGUAAAGAAGCUAAUCUCAGAGAGCAAGAAGAGGCACGUCAGCGUUAUAUGAAUGAACAGGCUCUACGCAGAGAUCAGCUGGAACAAAUAAAGGAACGCAAGCAUCAGGCAGAUCUGGCCAAGCUAGAAGACAAAAGGGAAGGGGAACAAAUACAGUUAUCCAACCGAUUGUACCAAUUGGAAAUUCAGAAAUGUAGAGAAAAGGAAGAGAAAGAAAAAGUUGAACAAAGGAGGCAGCAUCAUGAGCAUGUAGCUGACCAGAAAAUAAUCAAAGCAGUAGAGAAACAAAAACAAAUGGAAGAAGAUGCUCGGAUCAAAGCUCAUUUUAAAGCAAAGCAGAUUAUUGCCAAGCUGACAAAAGAGAAAAAAGCUGAAUUACGCAGACAAGCGCAGGAACGUCAGGACAAAAUCGUUAAACAAUUAGCUUUACAAAUGACUGAGGCAUUAAAGAAGGAAGAUGGUCGUGUUGCUAGAGACAUUGCAAAAAAAGAAGCUGAAGAAGAAAAAAAACGCAAGGAGAAAGAAGCAAAGCAAAAGGCUGCGAUUGAAUCUAUUGCUGAAUACAGAGCCACUGCGAUGAAGAUGAAAGCAGAAAAGGAAAAAGAAGAAAAAGCAGAGAGUAAAAAAGAACGUAAUGAAAUAAUGGAAAAUUACCGCAUUUACCUGGAAAAGGAAAAAGACAAGAAACAAAGACAACGUGAUGCCAGCAUGAAAGUACAGAAAUUUCAGAUCCAGCAAAUGGCUGAAAAGCAGGCAAGAAACCAGCAGGAAAAACAAGCAGACUUGGACUACGAUGCUCAGACAGAGCUUAUUGCUCUUUGUAAAGAGCGUGAAUUUCAGAGCUAUGCAAAGCAAGUAAUUGAAUCAGAGGCCAAGACUACACAUCAUCUUUAUCCUCUUCUCAAAGCAUCUGAAGAUGUAAGAGGACUUGGACUCAGGCCAUUUUCCAGAGAAACAGAAGGAUCAAAUGGUUUUCAAGCACAGGAUGGUGCUGGGACCCAGUAAACUUGUAGCUGUACUACCGCACAAGAAGUUAGAAACAUGAAGUAACAUAGAGACUAUCUAGCAAGGAAGGGCAGAAGCAGUUUUCAUGUGAUUAAAAAAAUAUAUCUUUCUGAACCCUACAGGCAAAAUUACACUACAGCUAUUAUAUACUAUGAAUCACAAAGUCUGUUUGGAACAAAAAAAAAAAUUGCCUGAGAACUGGUUAUAUUCUCAAAAAUCCCUGUUUGUAUUUCAUAAAAGUUAGUUUAUGAAACUUGACACAGGAAUGCAUGAUAUAUAAUUGACCAUCCAUGUAACCCAUUCCAGCCAAAAGCUCACUAUUACUGUUAUAUUUUUAUUAUUCAUUGUUCUAAAAAUUCAUUGUCCCAGGUCUUUCAGGCCUGGGAUACAAAUUCCCAGUGUAAAAGGUCACAUUUUUCACUGGCUUACUUCCAGGUAAGUAUUCCCCAUACUUUACACAAUCUACAGAUGAAGAAAAAACAACCUUAUACACGUGAAAGAACAGUAAUGGUACUGCAGUUUUUAUAGAAUUUUGCAACUACCUCUGUAAAACAAAUGUCACACUAUAAAUGAGUUCUAUUCUAUGAAAAUAAAACAUGAGUCGAUCACAGCCCUUAAAAAGUCACCUAGGAAGCAAAUAUAACCUAGGUCUCAAUAUAACUUCCAAUAGUUGCUACAAAAAGAGCAUGGCAACGAGAGAUAACAUAGUUGGACUGUUCUUUCAAAAGACUAACAAUGAUUCAAGCUACGGUAAAUAGAUUUGAUCCUAAAUUGCUUCUCAGAUUCCUCAGCUGCUUUACUCUCCAACACCCAAGUCACCCACACAUCUCACUCCUUAAGCUUAGUUUCUUUGCCAAAAUUUUACCAUCAUGUUCCUGCCUUGGACAGAGUUAGGGUUUCCUGUAAUGACUUCCUCCAUCAGUAACCUGGAGUCUAAAUAGGGUAUCCCCUGCAUUCUGGGGUCCUCUGGAAACAAAACCCAAGAAACCUGAAGCUUUGUUUUGUUGCACACAAACUUCUGUUCCAGCCCUC